AUGUGAGUAUAUGAGAUAUGUCGGCCUUUCUAUGAUGACACCCAAAUGGGUUGAGUAGUAGUGCAUACAACAAAAUAUACAAGAUCCUCCAAUUUAGGCUAAUGGAUUGAUUGGUGCUAGGAGAAGGCUCAAGGGGGUCAAGGAUCUAGGAGUCUCAAUGGUGUUUCAAAAGUGACCACUUUUAAAAGCAAGCAUAGGCCAGACUUGGCCUUGGCUGUCCAGACAGGAAGGGCCAUUCUUUUGAUUUCUUUUAAGCUUGCUUCUUCAGACAAGGUAUAGUAUCUAUUAAGUUAGGCAUCAAGAUGAUGCACACCAAAACAUAAAAGAGAGUGUACUACUGGUAUUAUCAUGUAACUGUCUUUUACAUUUUUCUAUUGUGUAUAAAGCUAGAUGGAGGUGAGCCACAAUUCUUUAAAUAAUGCUUGGAGAUAUGUGGGUGUCUUGUUCUUCCAUGGCAAGUAAGCCAUAGAGUACAGAGAAAAAAGAGACUAAAAAAUUGGUGUUCCUGCUUCUCAGGACCACAUCCAAAUGCCUUACAGCUUCUCCUAAGAGCAGGGCUGAUGGACCUAAAACAACUAAUAGCUGCUGCAAUUUUCAGUUAGCUUAGCUCCAAGAACCUUACUGACUACUCACAGUACUCACCCCCCCAGCUGUAUCUUCCCAGAAGGCAACCAUGAAUGAGUAUGAUUCUGAAAGAUCAAAGCCCUGGAACAUCUACACCAGCUCAAACCCGAGCCCGUCUCAGCCAGGAAUCGACAGGGAAGCUCCAUGGAAGAACUUUGGAACAUCCAUGAAUGCCAUUUCCUUUGGAUUCGUUGCUACCGCAAUCUUAAUUUCAAUGUUCCUUAUCAUGGCCAUCUUCGAACAUUUGUUCAGGCCCACAGCUUCAUUCUCCUCGCCUCAGGACAUGAACAGUGGUGGGUCUUUGGAAUCAGGAUCGAUCCAUAAACUCAGAAACCUAGAAGCAGUGUCGACAUCGUAUUCAUCGGAUUUUUCGGUAUUGAUGCCAGGGGAGAGGUACCCAACCCACAUUGCCCAACCAGCUCCCCUGCCAUGCCCAAGAGAAGGAGUGUAUUGGCCUCAACAUGAACAUAAUUUUGUAUUUGCUUAGACUAUAUGAUACUUGAAUUUCAAGCAUAUCAAUGUGAAUGUAUCUAUUUUUCACAAACGGGUCAAGCUUAUACUCACUCUUCUUGAGUGCUUGCUCCCUUUCAAUUUUACAAGAUAUUUUAUCCCAUCAUACCCAACUUUAAA